AUUGUCUACAAUUCUUCCCAUUCUCACACGGCUAUCGAGUCUCUUUGGCGCACGCAACUCCCAUUCUGUCUCCGCCACCUUCACUUUCUGCUAGAUCUCGCGGACGCCUAACAAGUGCCACGACUCGGGAAGCGAAGAUCAUCCUUCCCACGCCAUAAUGGGCUGCGCAACGCGAGGCAUGUCCUUGCCGCUUCUUCUGCUUGCUCUUUUCGUGGCGUCAACUUCCGUCGCACCUGCAUCCGCGAGGCCCUUCUCCGCACGGCGCAGUCUCGCCCUCAAGGCCCUCUCGACGGGCCCCGUCGCGCUCCUCAAGCAGAUCACCUCACCCACCCCAACCGUGCUGCUCAAGACCCCGUUGACCCAGCCCGCGUCAACCGUGCUCCUCAGCUCCCCAUACAUCUCGCCCGUCAAAGUCUUGGCGGCCGUUGACCAAGUCGACCCCACUGGCGGAGACCUGGAUGGAGACACCGGCGGAGACCUGGGCGGAGACACCAGCGGUGGCCUGGGAGGAGACACGGGCGGGGACCUGAGCGGAGACACGGGCGGGGGGCUGGGCGGAGACACGGGCGGGGGGCUGGGCGGAGACACCGGCGGAGAUCUGGGCGGAGACACCGGCGGAGAUCUGGGCGGAGACACCGGCGGAGACGUUGGCGGUGACACGGGAGGAGACCUGGGCGGGGACCUGGGCGGAGACACGGGCGGUCCUGGCGGAGACACGGGCGGUCCUGGCGGAGACACUGGCGGAGAGACUGGCGGAGACCAGGGCGUUUCGGGCGGAGACCAGGGCGUUUCGGGCGGAGACCAGGGAGGCCCGGGCGGAGACCAGGGCGGUCCGGGCGGAGACCAGGGCGGUCCGGGCGGAGACCAGGGCGGCCCGGGCGGAGACCAGGGCGGCCCGGGCGGAGACCAGGGCGGCCCGGGCGGAGACCAGGGCGGCCCGGGCGGAGACCAGGGCGGCCCGGGCGGAGAGCAGGGAGGAGAGGACGGCGGGCCAACCAGCGGGGCUGGCGGAAAGAGCGGAGGCGGAAAGGGCGGAAAGGGCGGCAAGGGUGGCAAGGGCGGAAAGGGAGGCAAGGGUGGAAAGGGAGGAAAGGGAGGAAAAGGAGGAAAGGGUGGUAACCAGCAGGGUGGUAACCAGCAGGACGGUCAGGAUGGCGGCCCACCAGUCGGGGGCAGCCAAGGCGGAGCUGGCGGGAAGGGGGGCAAGACAACGGGCGGCAAGCAGCAGAACGGCCCUGGGGGCGAGCAAGGAGAGCCUGGCGGAGAGCAGGGCGGACCUGACGGAGAGGAGGGGGGUCCUGGCGGAGAGCAGCAGGAGGGAUCUGGCGGAAAGAAGCAGGGGGGACCUGGCGGAAGAAAGCAGGGGGGAGCUGGCGGACAGCAAGGUCGAGCUGGCGGGGAGCAAGGCGGACAGCAGGGAGAAUCGAGCGGAGAUCAGGGGGGACCUGGCGGAGAUCAGGGGGGACCUGGUGGAGAUCAGGGGGGAUCGGAAGGGGAGCAGGGGGGAUCUGGCGGGGAGCAGGGAGGAUCUGGCCUUUCGAAUCAGAAGGGAGAGACGAAGAGCACAAAGAGCAGCGGGAAGGGAGGGAAGGGCGGAAAGGGAGGGAAGGGCGGGAAGGGAGGGAAGGGGGUCAAGGGUGGCAAGGGGGGGAAAGGUGGGAAGAAGUGAAGAGCUGUAAGUUUCUGGUUCAGAUGCUUUCUUCCCUGACAUCAAGUGUGAAGUCUGUUCUUGUUGUAAAUCAUAGGUUGACAUGACCAGUGUUGUAAACUUAGUAUGUCUACUGCAAUGCAAGCUCGCUGUAUCUCUUUUUUUGCCCAAUUUAAC